AUGACAAAAAACAGGUACGUUCUAUCAAAAACAAUCGAUGGUAUAAAAUUUUGCGGAGCAUUUGAAUUGGCGCUACGGGGCCACGACGGAACCCAAAAUCCUGGAAUAUUUCGUGGACUGAUUAAUUUUUCUGCUGAGCUUGAUACAACCUUGAGCGAACACAUAAAAAAUGCUUCAAUAUUUAAAGAAACUUCGAAAGAAAUACAUAACGAUCUACCGGAUUGUAUUCUUGAAGUUUGUCAUGAAGCAAUAAUAAAACAGAUUAACAGAGCCUCGUAUUUAGCGAUAAUAGCAGAUGAAACAACGGACAUUGCGGGGGAAACCCAACUGGUAACAAUAUUCAGAUACGUAUUUAACGGCGAAUCAGUAGAACGUUAUGAAUCCCGAAAAAUGUGA